CAAAACUGAAAGACACUAAUGAUUGUAUGGUACUGUAGUUAGUAUCGAAGGGGAUUGAAAAUUGGAAGUAUAGGCCAACCACUUUGCCUGGAAAGCCCCAUUGCACAAUUCACGUGGGAUGCCACUGAAGCGAAACAUAGACAAAAGGGCCCAUUUCGUACCAUAACCUUUACUAAUUUACUCUCCCCCAUCUCGUCCACGAAAUGUCCAAUCAAUUUUCAAGGCCGAAACAAAUUCAAGUAUAAAUAGGAGUUGCCCAAAAUCAGAACCUCCAUUGCCAAGAAGCUCGCUUUGCAUUUUUGCGUAUUUUUUCUGCGAGAUUCUUCUUUUUCCUUUCUCUGUUAAUUCUUUUGUUCAUCAAUCAAUUCAUAAAAUUGUAUUAUUCGCAAUCAAACAGCGAAAAUGGUUGGCCAAAUUUGUAAUGUUCUUCCUCAUAUUUUCCUGGUUUCCUAUCCUGGCCAAGGCCAUGUUAAUCCUUUGUUGAGGCUCGGCAAGAUUCUUGCUUCAAAGGGUCUGCUGGUCACUCUCUCCGCACCCGACACCAUUGGUGAGAAAAUCCGAAAAGCCAACAAGAACAUCUCCGAAGAACCCACCCAGUUUGGUGAUGGAAUGAUCAGGUUUGAGUUCUUUGACGAUGAAAGCGAGACGAUCACGGUUCCCGAUGAACACGCCGCUCAUCUGGAGAAAAUCGGGAAACAGAAACUCCCGAAAAUGAUCCAGAAAAACGCUGAACAGGGUCGCCCUGUCUGUUGCCUGAUUUACAGUUGCUUCAUUCCUUGGGUUGCUGAAGUAGGCCACUCCCUCCGGAUCCCUUCUGCUCCGUUGUGGGUUCAGUCUGCCGCCUGCUUCUCAGCUUAUUACCAUUACUACCAUAAACUCGUUCAAUUCCCAACUGAAUCCCAACCUGAAUUGGAUGUCCAGUUGCCCUGUAUGCCCCUGUUGAAGUAUGAUGAAAUCCCAAGUUUCUUGCAUCCUUACACCCAGUAUCCUUCCCUCACAAAUUCCAUCUUAGGAAUGUUCAAACACUUGGACAAGAACGCCUGUGUACUGAUGGAGUCAUUCCAGGAGCUUGAAAACGAUGAAAUCAAUUACAUGUCAAAGCUCUGCCCCAUCAAGCCAAUUGGCCCCCUGUUUCUAUACUCAACCGAUAAAACUCCAGGGUCAACCAAUGUUACCGAUGCUAAAUAUUUAGUCGAUGUUUUCAAGGUUGGCCUGAGAUUGUCAAGGGGUGAUUUCGAAAACAGAGUGAUUCCCAGAGAUGAAAUUGCAGAGCGGUUGAUUGAAGCCACAACCGGAUUUCAGGCCGGCGAGCUGAAAGAAAAUGCAGAGAAGUACAAGAAAGCAGCAGACGAAGCCGUGGCAGAAGGUGGAUCCUCCACUUUAAAUUUGCUUGAUUUUCUGAACGAACUCGCUAUUGGGAUCCCCACCACAACAAGACAAAAUGCAAGGAAUGACACAAAAGAACAAAGGGAUUUAGACACUGAAUUCUCUGUCAAGUGCAAUAAACUGGAAGAAGCUGCCUUGCAUGUGAGUAAUGAGGCGGAAAUUCCUUCUGGACCCAAAGAAAUUGCCCGAUUCCAGUGGACUGUAGAGCCUAACUUUGUCUUUGGCCCAAUUAUCAUUUGCAAUGUUUCGUGA